CGGCGGGAGGAGGGGGCGCGCGCUUCCCGGAACAGCCCGCGCUGAGGGAAGAGGGGAAGAAAAUAAAACCCGUGGCUGGAGCUGAAGCUGGAGCUGCUGCUGCCGCUGCCGCCGCCGCCGCCACCGCCGCCUUGGCCGUCUGGAGCUCCCCCGCGCGGACGAUGCCCGCGGUGCCCGCGCGGGGCUCGGGGCUGUGAGGCCCGGGGCGCGGGGUAGCUAUGGCGACCGCUAGCGCGGCCCGCGGUGCCGCCUGACAGGUGUGGGCCCCGGCGGCGGCGGCGGCGGCGGCUCGGAGCAGCAUGUACGCCAAGGGGGGCAAGGGCUCGGCCGUGCCCUCCGACAGCCAGGCCCGCGAGAAGUUGGCACUGUAUGUAUACGAGUACCUGUUGCACGUUGGUGCCCAGAAGUCAGCCCAGACCUUUCUGUCCGAGAUCCGAUGGGAGAAGAACAUUACGCUGGGGGAGCCCCCAGGGUUCCUGCAUUCCUGGUGGUGCGUGUUCUGGGACUUGUACUGUGCAGCACCUGACCGCAGAGAGGCGUGUGAGCACUCAAAUGAGGCCAAGGCCUUCCAGGACUACGGCUCUGUAGCGGCCCCUAGUCCAGUGAUGGGGAGCAUGGCCCCCAGCGACGCAAUGGCAGCAGGCCCCAUGGCACCCGGCUUCUUCCAGGGCCCCCCCGGCUCCCAGCAGCCCCCCCACAACCCCAACGCCCCCAUGAUGGGGCCUCAUGUUCAGCCCUUCAUGUCACCGCGGUUCCCAGGGGGCCCCCGGCCCACCCUGCGGAUGCCGAGUCAGCCUCCGGUGGGUCUCCCAGGCUCCCAGCCCCUCCUCCCUGGAGCCACGGAACCCUCCCCACGAGCUCAGGGGCAUCCGAGCAUGGGCCCGAUGCAGAGGGUGACGCCCCCAAGGGGCUUGGCCAGCGUUGGACCCCAGAGCUAUGGAGGUGGCAUGCGGCCCCCACCCAACUCCCUCGGCGGCCCAGGCCUGCCCACCAUGAACAUGGGCCCUGGAGUGCGAGGCCCCUGGGCUAGCCCCAGCGGAAACUCGAUCCCCUAUUCCUCCUCCUCCCCCGGCAGCUACACGGGACCCCCAGGAGGAGGCGGGCCCCCUGGAACACCCAUCAUGCCCAGCCCUGGAGACUCCACCAACUCCAGCGAGAACAUGUACACGAUCAUGAACCCCAUUGGGCCGGGCGCUGGCAGGGCUAAUUUCCCGCUCGGCCCUGGUCCAGAGGGCCCCAUGGCGGCCAUGAGUGCGAUGGAGCCUCAUCACGUGAACGGAUCCCUGGGCUCGGGCGAUAUGGACGGGUUGCCGAAGAGCUCCCCCGGCGCCGUGGCCGGCCUGAGCAACGCCCCGGGCACCCCGCGGGACGACGGCGAGAUGGCGGCCACCGGGACCUUCCUGCACCCGUUCCCGAGCGAAAGCGUAAGCGACUGCGUCGACUCCCCCCCCGCGGCGGCGUCGGGCCGGAGGGGCCUGGCGGGCAGGCCCCGGCGGGGCGGCCGGGGGGCCAGAGCAAGACCGUGACCGCGGCGGGCCAGUACUCGCCGGGGAUGACCAUGAGCGUGUGAUGGGGCAGUAGCCCCGUGCCCACUGCCAGCCUCGGCUUCUGCCCAGUGCCCCUGCCUGGGACCAAGGUCCAGAGGCUCGGGCAGUCUGCUGGGUGAGGGUCUGAGGUCACACCUCGGGCAACAGUACUCCAGCUCAAGGAUUGGACAGCUGGGAGGCCCCGCACCAAGGACUCUCAUUUUAUAAAAACAAAACACAAAACGAAAGGACCUCAGAGACGUUCUGUCACGUGUAGGCCCUUCCUGCCAUUUCUAUUUUGUCCAAGGGGGCUCCCUGGGGACCUCUUUUCCCCUGAACAGCAGGGGGUGGGCCCCAUCAAUAAAUGUAACUUGGUUUUGGUUUUUUGGUA